AUGAGAAGUGGCAGCUGAGAGGGAGCAAGCUACUUAGAGAUAAGGGACCUGGUCAGCAGGAGAAUGACAGACCAGCAGGAAAGGCAGGAAGUAAUGACAUCAUUCCUUCUUCAGUGGGUUCUAUUUAAUACAGGGGGUGCAGCGCUGACAGCUCCAGCCUGGUCCUGACCUGUCAGUUUGAACAGCUACUCUGGUAAGCAGCAAGGAUGAGCCAGCAGUUUCAGUCAGAGCAAAAACCGAUUGUAGUGGCUGGAUAUGAGGCUUGUUGCGGAAACUCGGACCACAUGGAGACGGAACUCCCAGGGUCGUUUGUUGAGGAAACAGACGUACUAAUCCUAACUUCACCUGAUAUUCAAGAGCUUUUCAGGGAGAGCCACGAGGAGAUGCUGACAACGGUGUGUCCAGUCGCCGUGGCUGAAGAUGAAGCGGAUUUGAACAAAGAUUGCCAAACGAAGGAGGCUGUAUUAGCAAUAAGAACAGCUUCAACUCAAGAUCCUAACCCUAAUAAUGUGUACAUAAUCCCUAUGAUUGCUUGUGAUAAAGUGCAAGAAGAAACGUCCUCCCCUGUUCAGCGGACCUCAAGAGGAGAGCUGAAGUGGAAGAUCAAGUUUGAAAGAGGAUGUUAUUACAUGGGCCAGAGCAAGCCCUUAGAUUGCUAUCAGUUCAUGAAUAUGUUGUCUGUGAAGAACGGAUGGUUUGAUCCUGAGAUCAAAGUCUCUUAUGGGACAGCUCCUCUGUUAGAAAUGAGAAGUAAUCCCCUGGUGUUUAGCGAAAGUUUUCCACGAGGAUUGCUGGGGAAGCUCCCGUCUGGGGAACAUCAGGUCACGGACCUGUCGCUGUUUUACCUUGGAGAAGAGGUUCCAGGUGAGAGGAAGAAGUUUCGUGGUUAUAUUACUACCAGCAAAGGUACCCUGUGCAUGCCGAUUUCUGACGAUGGCAUAAUGAUGAGGAGAAGAAUCGAUGUGGAGGCUACGGUUCAAGCUCUGCGUUUCCAGCCAGAUCCGGAUAAGAUGGAUACCAAGUUCCUGAAGGCUUAUGUGUUCACAUUAAAACAUUAUGGUCCCCUACCACGAUUUAACUCGCAAAGAGGAUGUCGCAUGCUCCCGAAGAUCAGAGCCACAGACAGAAGUGGCAAAGGAAGAGGACACAACGGGAGGGGCCACAUGGAGAGCAAAGAUAAGCGGAGCCCAGCGGAGCCUGCUGAUGCGAGUGAAAUCGAGGCAGGUGAAGACAGGAAGGGAGCCAACUGAAGAAAGCACCACAGGAUGUGAAGCCCCUUUGAAGACAGCUCGAGCUUUAGAAGGAUCUGAAACUGUCCUACAAAUGAUAAAUGAUUACUUUGUUUUACUAUCUUGUGACGCAGAUGACUAAAGAUUACAUUGUUUAGUUGUCUUAAAGUUAAAUCAUAUAUACGUCACUCUGAAAAAGUGCUUGUAACAUGAAAAUGCUAAACAAUGGAAAAUGCUUUGCUUAGCAGUUUUUAGAACAUAUAUAAGAACAAGUUAGAAGUAGAAGGACGAGAGCACGCACGUAUGUAUGCAUGCACGUACGCACGCAGCGCGAGGUCACGGCAACGAGAGACGGAGAGUCUACAGUAGCUGUUUUUCCUCUUAGAUAGUUAGACGCAGCAUACUCAUAAGAGGAUAUUUAAUCUUGGAUUUACCCUUUUAUAUCUUUUGAAUUUUGGAAUAAACUUUUUUGAAAAAGGAUUCUCAUUCAUUGGAUUUUAAGGGACAAUUUGAUCUCUUUGAGUGGGAGCUCCGGCCCUGGCCUAACAGGAGUGGAGGUAAGCCACCUUAUUGCUUGUACCUGCUUCACAGGACUUGUUUUUCAGGGUGUGACAGAUUAAUAAAAGAUACCUUAGGCUAAUGGGAGUUUCAUCUCCCCCUCUCUCUUGAGUAUCGGGACAUGCCUAAGGGUGAUAAGCCAUGAUAGUUCGUUGGUUCAAACAGGCUCUUUUUGCACCAAAAAAGUCUCUGUUAAGCGUGGGAAGGAACCAUUUCAAAGGGUGGAUUAAUUAGAUUAAUUGAUAAAUCUAUGUUAGCCUGAUCAACUAACUAGUAAUCAUUUUCUAGUUACCACCGCCCACUUUGCUGACGGAGACGCAAAUUAACCCUGAUAGGACCCAAAUAAUAGUCAGUAAGAUUGGCCAACUCUGAACUACCGCCUUAGUAUCCAAAACCACUGGAUAACAGGAUUUAAAGGGGAGUGAAUUAAUACAGGAGAACAAGUACGGCAAUUCCAUUCCAACCUUUAAAAUAGGAACAAGUUUUAAUUGAGAAAGUCCAUCCCAGGGUCUGAUACAAUAAUACUCACCACGGCCUCAACCUCCCUGAGAAAAGAGCGUAACUCGAGGAUCUAACGGAACCUCUUAAAGGGCACGCUCGCAUCAGCAUUGUGUCUCCUGUGAGUGACGGCUAUGGAUUAUGAAUCUGGAUUAAUAAAGGUUAAAGACUUCCUUAGUAAAAAGACUUUAGCUAAUUUCUUCCAAACACUGUUUUGUUUCCUUGAAAGAAUGGGAAAUCUGCGCCCUCUGCUGGCGAUAAACAGAACACCACUUUACCCUCUACAAGGACUGCAUAGAACAGUAAUUCUUAGGUUGUCAGAAAAUAUAUGUUAUUUGUUGGAAAAUAUGUGUUCUUUUAAAUAUGCUGAGGAUUUUAUUUUGAAGGUUUCCAGUGGUCUUUGUAAAUUUAAACCAUCCUCGUCCCAUAUGACUAAGUGUGUCUAUUACGUCCCCCGGCUCUCUAAGAGAGAUGAGGAGGGGAGUAAUAAAAAUGGUGUGUGGAUUAAAUAAUAACAAAGUGUAGUGUAGCUAAAAAACAAGGAAUUUAUUACAAAAUGAAUACUUACAACCUUAAAAGAAAUAUCUAUAUACAAAACACAAAGGAGCUUAUCUAUAAAACGAAGGGAAGAACGGAAAACACCAACCCAAAAGGGGAUGGGAAUAAACAACGAGACUAAAAAGAGCGAGGGUUAUCCAAAGUCAAAAUCUAAAGCCGGUCCGAAGUCAAGUUACCAAAUAUUCAAAUCCUAAAUCCAAAUCCCAAAAUGAGUCAAAUACCAAAGACGAACGAGAAAAAUACUAAGCCAAGCACACGAGAAGAGAAUAGCAUGAACUCCUAAGAGUCCAUACUACCCUGUAGCUUCUCUCUGAAUGAGGGCAAGAGGGCAGCUUUUAACAGCUGAUCCAUGAUUAUGAAUAAUCAUAAACACCUGUUCACAGUGAGACAGGCGAAGCAGAAGGCCGCUGAGGCCAUCCUGUGGCCAAAAAGGGGCCCUGCACAUAACAGUGUCAAUCUGAAGGGUGAAGCUUUAUUUUAUUUUGUUUUCAGUUAUUGAGUUCUGGCUGGCUAACAGACUUCUAGCAAUUCUGUAUUUCAACAAUAGAAUAUAUUUAGGUGCUGUAUUCAUGACCACAGCCUAAAGCAGUGAUACAACUGUGACUAACGGUUCUCUAUCAAACAUUUUAGUUGUCAUCUCUGGCAUUACUGUUUGGAAAACAGAGGGAGGAUGCACAAGCAUAACAGAAAGCAAAAUUUGUUAUUGAGGAGGAAGCAGUUGCUGGUAAGCCUCUGAGCCGUGCAGCACUUGUUCCUUUUCUGCAUGAAACACACUUCAUUACAAAAGCCAAACCACUCUUAAAUCUUGAGCUGAUAUAAUCGGUUUAAUUGUUUUCUGCCCUUGUGUGUUUGCUUUUGUCUUUCUUUUCCUUUUGACCCCUCGUUCAUCGUUUGUGACAUCUGUCCUCUAGAUAUUUGGGGCACAGUUGUGAUCUGCAAUCUGUAGAUCUAACCUACCUUCCCUGGAAGGCAGUCAAAUUCAUCCUUUUUCCCAAAUUGUGCUUAUCAGAUGGAGGAACAGCAUCCUCCAUAAAGUAGUUAAUUCAUGCUGCCUGACCAUAGCAUUUUUUCUACUUGGCUGUACCUGUACCUAGCUUCCAUACUCUCACAAAGCUUCCUUCCCUGAUGUUUGGCACUCUUGCACCACGUUUUGCAUCUGCGUAUUUCUUUGCAGCUUGCUGUGUGUUGCUGACACGAGAGCGUAACUCCUUGUUAGCCUGGGAUGUCAGUGAUGGAGCAGAUAUCCUACAUUCACUCAAUAAGCGCACGCUGAGCCAACUCCGGCGCACCGUCAGGCUGAAGGCAGAAAUGAGCGCUGCCUCCUCCGUGAUAAAAACUUUUAAGAGGUUCCAGGUCAAAUUAAGAUAUUAGCUUCUGUUUUGGGAUGACGUAUUAAAGGAGAGAGCUCUGGCCGCACAGGUUAAACGUUCCUGCUUAAAGAAAACCGUAAAAUUGCAUUUUUUAUGUGCUACCUAGGCACUCUAAAUAUAUAUAUAUAUAUAUAUAUAGAGAGAGAGCCAUGCCCUGAUGUGGGGGCUGGGGGGUGCGUCGACAUGGUCGGGACAUAGAAGUGGGUGUGCGUCUAAAUAAGUUUGGGAACCGCUGAGAGGACAGAUGUCACAAACGAUGAACGAGGGGUCAAAGGGAAAAGAAAGACAAAAACAAACACACAAGGGCAGAAACCAAUAAAACCGGUUAAAGAAAAAAUCAGCUCAAGAUUUAAGAGUGGUUUGGCUUUUGUAAUGAUGUGCGUUUCAUUCAAAAAAGGAACAAGUGCUGCACGGCUCAGAGGCUUACCAGCAACUGCUUCCUCCUUAAUAACAAAUUUUGCUUUCUGUUGUUAUGCUUGUGCAUCCUCCCUCCGUUUUCUAAACUGUAAUGCCAGAGAUGACAACUAAAAUGUUUGAUAGAGAACUGCUAGUCAGUUUCAUCUCUGCUUUAGGCUGUGGUCAUGAAUACAGCACCUAAAUAUAUUCUAUAGUGUUGAAAUACAGAAUUGCUAGAAGUCUGUUAGCCAGCAAGAACACAAUAACUGAAAACAUAAAAUAAAGCUUCACCCUUUAAAUCGACACACUUAAGUCAUAUGGAACGAGGAUGGUUUCAAUUUAAAAAGACCACAGGAAACCUUCAAAAUAAAAUCCUUAGCAUAAAUAAAAGAACACAUAUUUUCCAACAAAUAACAUAUUUUCUGACAACCUAAGGAUUAGUGUUCUAUGCAGCUGGUCGACCAUGCUACUAUGAAGACAUCUCCCCAUAAGCUUUUCUGCAUUAAUUUUAGGUCAGAAAAUGCUAAAUCACCUUGGAAAAACAUCGUGUUCCCAGUGUUUCUAUUAUUUUCCGACGUGUAUACACUGUUAGUUAACCCUAACCCUAUACACUGAAGUCAGCGGGAGGAUUUUCCUUACAAUCCUCUGAAGGGUCCGCCCUUCGCUGACUGAUACAAGGAUGCAACACUCCAAAUUACCAAAGGGGACCACCCCUCUAACUCCAAGUUACCCAAUCUGUGUACACAUACAUAUUUAUGCCCAAUAAGUCAUUUGGAUUUUAAUCUCACCAGAUCAAUCACCUCAGGGAGACUGCAUCUCCCACAAAUACACACCCUACUGUUCUCACAGUCUCACGAACAUGAUGGUUUGGGAAGGAAAGCAAAAACUCAACAAAAAUUAGCUAUUUAUAAAACCCCAAACCAAAAAUGGACAUUACAGCUGAUAUGUCCUUAAUGUAUACUAAUGAAACCUUCACACAAAUUACACUGCAUUUUUACAAACGGGAGCAGCGAGACAGCCGCAUUGCUGUUAGUCAGUCAGAGGCAAGAUGUUCCUACAUCAUGAUUAGGGCUGCAACUAACGAUUAUUUUCAUAAUCGAUUAAUCUGUCGAUUAUUUUUUCGAUUAAUCGGUUUGUUAUUGUUUAGCUAUUUAACCUAUACAAGUGAUGGAUGCAUUUCAGUUAAGAAAAAAAAAACAUAAGAGAAUUGUGCAGUUGACUGCAAUCUAUUUUAUUGCACAUGAACACAGUCAGCAGUAUAAAAUGAGCUAAACAGUGCAAAAUAUCAGUCCAGAAUAAUUUUUUUGCAUUAGCUGGAAGCCUGCUCCUUCCACCAUUGAUAGUGGCCUCAUGUCUUUUACCAGCAUGUUUAGAAUAGAGUUUGUAAGUGGUAUGAAUUGCUGGGGGGUGAGUGUCUUGUUCCCCAUGUAGUUGUCCAUCGUUGCUUGUUUUUUUUCUGCAUAAGAAACACAAAUAGACUGAAAUAAGUACACAUAUAAAAUAAAGCAGCACACACACUACAACACUAAAUCAAUAUAUUAUUUGAAUUAAUUAACAAUAUACAGAGAUCAUUUAUUUUGAGGGUUACAUUCUACAAAAUAGCCCGCAACAGGAGAUAUUCAGAAAAAAAGUCUAAUUUUUUUACUAUUAAAAAGCUCUAAGUAAGAAGCUCAUGGGGUUUUUACUUUGAGUCGGGAGUGUUUAAAUUAGCUAGAAAAAUGUGAAAAAAGUUUAUUUUGUGUAAUACUGUUUAAGAAACAUGAUAAAAAUGUGUUGUGAGGCGUUUUACAGCGUUAGAUAGUAAAACAGCCUUUUAAUAGUAAAAAAAUUACUUUUUCUGAAUUUCUCCUAUAUUUAAAAAUUGAAAGCAUACAACUAUGCCGCGUUAUAUUCACCUGGACACAGCUCGUCUGUAUAUUUUUCACCGCGGAGUUGUCCUUUUUUGAAUGAGGAACAUAGUUAUGGGUUUGUGCCGUUUUUCUCUUAACGAGAACAUUCUUAUAAACAGACGUGCUGAAUUUGGCAAGCGCAUGAUUCACAACACGGAGGAGAUUCACGAUUGCAUCUAGUCAAUCAGAAGUAGAACACCGUAGACUGACGCGGCAAAAAAACAUGUUUAACAUCCACUAUAACAAACUCAGCUAAAACACUAAGUCCAGCUUGUUUAUUUUAUGUUACUUACCG